UUGGGGGUGAAGUAAAUUUUUCAUUCGGUAGUUGAGCUGGUUACUGAGUGAAGUCUAUUAUGAACCCUUCACAAAGUGAAGACUUGUUUUGUAAAGCGAAGGAUCUCCCCUUCUUCACGUAUGUGUGAAUUCAGAUUUUCAUAGGCCGCGUUUGCUCACAAUCUGUUGGCAAAUCUUUGCUUUUCCUACAGCACAGGACGACGAACCUCGGGUAACAGCAGCCUCCCGCGAGGGGGCGCCCGACUGCCCACGGCGAUUGCUCCCGCACUGCGCAGCCUCCUUCCAGGGGUGGGCGGAAAUCCCCUUGCUGACGCGCCUGACGUCUCCGGAGGGCGAGGCCCGCGGGAGGGGGAGGAGUCUUCCCUGCAGCGUGGGGCGGGGCCACCGCGAGCGCGGCUGGCACGGCCGAGGUGGGCUGGGCGUGGGAGGCGGCGGCUGCUCCUCCGCGGUGUUGGGAAGAUGGCGCCGCCGGUGACCGAGAGGGGGCUGAAGAGCGUCGUGUGGCAGAAGAUAAAAGCCACAGUGUUUGAUGACUGCAAGAAAGAAGGCGAAUGGAAGAUAAUGCUUUUAGAUGAGUUUACCACCAAGCUUUUGGCAUCCUGUUGCAAAAUGACAGAUCUUCUAGAGGAAGGUAUAACUGUUGUAGAGAAUAUUUAUAAGAAUCGUGAACCUGUCAGACAGAUGAAAGCUCUUUAUUUUAUCACUCCGACAUCAAAGUCUGUAGAUUGUUUCUUACGUGAUUUUGCAAGUAAAUCGGAGAACAAAUACAAAGCAGCAUAUAUAUACUUCACUGACUUUUGCCCUGAUAAUCUCUUUAACAAAAUUAAGACUUCUUGCUCCAAGUCAAUAAGAAGAUGUAAAGAAAUAAAUAUUUCCUUCAUUCCACAUGAAUCUCAGGUGUAUACUCUUGAUGUACCAGAUGCAUUCUAUUACUGUUAUAGUCCAGACCCUGGCAAUGCAAAUGGAAAAGAUGCCAUUAUGGAAGCAAUGGCUGAGCAGAUAGUUACAGUCUGUGCUACCUUGGAUGAAAAUCCUGGAGUAAGAUAUAAAAGUAAACCUCUAGAUAAUGCCAGUAAGCUUGCACAGCUUGUUGAAAAGAAGCUUGAAGAAUACUACAAGAUUGAUGAAAAGAGCCUAAUAAAGGGUAAAACUCAUUCCCAGCUCUUAAUAAUUGAUCGUGGCUUUGAUCCUGUGUCCACUGUCCUGCAUGAACUGACCUUUCAGGCAAUGGCAUAUGAUCUACUACCCAUUGAGAAUGAUACAUACAAAUAUAAAACAGAUGGAAAAGAAAAGGAGGCAAUCCUUGAAGAAGAUGAUGACCUCUGGGUCAGAAUUCGACAUCGGCAUAUUGCUGUAGUGUUAGAGGAAAUUCCCAAGCUUAUGAAGGAAAUUUCAUCAACAAAGAAAGCAACAGAAGGAAAGACAUCACUUAGUGCUCUUGCCCAACUGAUGAAAAAGAUGCCCCAUUUCCGUAAACAGAUUACUAAGCAAGUUGUCCAUCUUAAUUUAGCAGAAGAUUGCAUGAAUAAAUUCAAGCUUAAUAUAGAAAAGCUCUGCAAAACUGAACAGGACUUGGCACUUGGAAUUGAUGCAGAAGGACAGAAGGUGAAAGACUUUAUGCGAGUACUCCUUCCAGUUCUACUCAACAAAAAUCAUGAUAAUUGUGAUAAAAUAAGAGCAAUCCUACUUUAUAUCUUCAGUAUUAAUGGAACUACAGAAGAAAAUUUGGACAGGUUGAUCCAGAAUGUAAAGAUAGAAAAUGAGAGUGACAUGAUUCGUAACUGGAGUUACCUUGGUGUUCCCAUUGUUCCCCAAUCUCAACAAGGCAAACCAACACGAAAGGAUCGGUCCACAGAAGAAACUUUUCAGCUCUCUCGAUGGACGCCUUUUAUCAAAGAUAUUAUGGAGGAUGCCAUUGAUAAUAGAUUAGAUUCAAAAGAAUGGCCAUAUCGUUCCCAGUGUCCAGCAGUAUGGAAUGGCUCAGGAGCUGUAAGUGCUCGCCAGAAACCCAGAGCUAAUUACUUAGAAGACCGAAAAAAUGGGUCAAAGCUGAUUGUUUUUGUAAUUGGAGGAAUUACAUACUCUGAAAUGCGUUGUGCUUAUGAAGUUUCUCAGGCACACAAGUCCUGUGAAGUUAUUAUUGGUUCUACGCAUAUUUUAACACCCAAAAAGCUGUUGGAUGAUAUAAAGAUGCUGAACAAACCGAAGGAUAAAGUCUCCUUUUUUAAGGAUGAAUAAAGCCAUCCUUUUGAGGGGAGAGAGCUUAGAGAUCCUUAUUAAUAUGUCAAACUAAAUAAAAUAGAAUAAGAAAAUGUUGCUUUCAUGUAAUUUAAACAAUGUAAAUAUUUUAGGGAAUAAUGGCUUUUCAAAUACAUUUCUUAAGGGACUAUUUGAUUAUGUGUUAUUGGAUUUGCCAUUUUUGAUAAUUUAAAUAUUGUCGCUUUGUAGAUGAUGAGAAGAAAUGUUAAAAUGCUUUCUGAAAGGAAAUUUUUUCACCUUUGGAGCAGAAUAUAUUAGAAUUGUAGGUAGUUUUUCACAUCUACCUAUGUACAUACUAAUUGCUCAUUGGAUACUUGUAUCUAAAUGUCUCAUGCCAAGGUAUAGUUUUUUGGGAAAGAAUGAUUUUAAAUGAAGAGAUUGUAAAAGUAAAAACUGUAAAUGUGUAUUGUAUGAUAGAAUUAUUUCCUAUAAGUACAGUUUUCUUUCAACUGAAAUUUACAAUUUCUUUUACGUAUAUAAAAUAAUUGUCAUUAAUAUAAAUAGAGUGAUUGCACAGUGUAUAUUAUCUCACUAGAUACAUCUAAAGAACACAAUUUUAUGUAAUUUUGAAAUCAUGAAUGUUUAAAUUAGAAAACCAAAAAUCAUCAACAUUUUAAGAAAAAAUAAAUAUAUAGUU